CCGUACUUGUAUCGCCGCCUCACAUCCGUAAUCAACUACACUACAUUUCUUUAUGCCUACCUGACCUAGACUCCCUUCUGAUCAUGUCGACUGUCCACGGCCAUUGUGAUGUGGCUUCAGUCAAAGUCGUCCAAACGCCCUGCUAGUUCCUCGCCCUCCACACCCCGAGCCACGCCUCCUACGCCGCGAGCGACAUCUCCAGGCUCCACUCUCAGCGAAGUACUACGCAAGAAUCCCUUUCGCGCGGGCUCCAGAGAGUCUUUACCGCGGAUACAGAAAGAUGAAGACACUUCAAAAUGCUUGAAUAAAGACCUCCAUGUCCUUGCCGAUCUCUUUCCCGAUGUCAAGAUUGAAGUCCUCCGGGAGUUACUCGUUCGAUUCGACGGAGACAGUAGACUCCCGAUAUGCACCGAGCAACUGCUCAAAUACAAGGUGGAGUGGGCUAGAGGGCGCAUGAUUACACCACCACGAGAUUUGGAGGAGCCGCUUCUUGUCGACGACUUGUUCAGGACGAAAGAAUACAUUGACGCUGUCAAAUGGAUAGUCGCACGGGAGUUCAGUGCACUCAGCCGGAGCGCCAUUGACGCAGUACUGGCCGAAGUCAACUAUUCCUACACACACGCGCGACCUACGCUGCAAGUCAUUGCGAGCAGAUCAUGGAAGAAUACAUUCACAAGCCUAUUCAAGAAGAGGCGAUCUCAAAGUGAGGCUCCGUCAGUACUUCUGGAGAGGACGAAGUCGGAGCCCGGCGGCGCGAAAAUGCUGACUACAGGAAGCCUCGAACUGGACCAGGAACUGUCGACGCUGUUCAUGACGCCGGUCCAAUCCCAGAGAAAAGACCAGCAAGUUAUUGACUUCGAACUAGCCCAGGCACUCAAUGUAAAAGAGGCAGAGGAAGCAGGCGCCUUGUUUGAGUGUCAGGUGUGCUAUAACGAUGUCCCCUUCGAAGAUAUCUCAUCAUGCACCCAGUCGAAUCACACGAUUUGUCUAGACUGUGUACGACGCACCCUGCACGAAGCCAUUUUCGGACAAGGCUGGGCUAAGUCAAUCGACGUUGAACGCGGCACAUUGAGGUGCCUUGCAUCGGCAGCGGAGGACUCUUGCGAAGGCUUCGUACCUCAAGACCUUGUCCAACGAGCCAUUCUCCGUGAAAGCUCAGGCAGUGAGACAUGGACCAGGUUCGAGGAUCGUUUGGCUGAACACAACCUCCAAAUGUCCGCCAUACCCAUCAUUCGUUGCCCAUUUUGCUCGUACGCCGAGGCCGAGCAAGUCUACGGUACCCCCUCAGCCGCGAAUUUGACCUGGAAGUUCCGUCGACCCAGCGGCAUUAACAUCUUCCUGUUCAUUUUGCUCCUUGAGCUCCUCCCCAGCAUAUUCUUCCUGCUCAUUCCUAUUAUGCUGCUGCUGCCAAAGUAUUCCAUGUCCCUCUUCUACACAGCGCUCGGCCACGCUGCGUCGACAAGACACACUACACGUUUCAUCUGCCGACGACCCUCCUGUUUGCGGAAAUCCUGCCUCAAAUGCUCAAAGGCCUGGCACGAUCCGCACGUCUGCCACGAGCCCUUAAUUGUCUCACUGCGCACCACCGUCGAAGCUGCGCGGACCGCAGCCAUCAAGCGCACCUGCCCGCGCUGCGGGACCAGCUUCGUCAAGUCGUCCGGCUGCAAUAAGUUAACCUGCGUAUGCGGGUACAGCAUGUGUUAUCUGUGUCGGAAGAACAUUGGCAAAGCGGGCGCGAACGCCGAUGGUGGCGAAGGAUACAGGCACUUCUGUGAGCAUUUCCGUCCAACACCAGGCUUGAAGUGCACCGAAUGUGACAAGUGCGAUUUAUACCGUGCCGAAGACGAGGAUGCGCAGGUCAAGCGUGCGGGCGAGGAGGCUGAGAAGUUGUGGAGGGAAAGGGAAGGCAUGAUCGGUGUUAAAGGGCUAGAAGAUGCUGUGGGGAAUGUUGCUGGCGAAGAUACCUUAUGGCGACAGUUUUGGGAAUGGAAGUGGAGUAUACAAGGCGUUGUGGAUGGUCUGGUGGAUCGGUGUAUCGUCGUAGACAUUGAUUAGGACGAAGGAAAUGAGCGUCUCGAUACGCCGAAUGGACAAUGAUGAUCCCCCCAAUCGCAUUUGGUGCCGAGUGCGCUUAGAGCCAAUGCUAUUUCUAGACUAUGUGCAAGCAAGGCUGAA